AUGUUUGGCCCUCGCAGAGUUUUACAAUCCCGACUGCGCAACCUCGCGAUCCAAGCGCAACCAUGGUCUCGGCCCAGUUUCCUAGGACCACGAAACAGCAGCACCGUUGCUCAUCCUCCCGCACCCAAUUCACCGAAGUGGCCGCGACGUUUGAUCUAUACUGGAUUAUUUGGUGGACUGGGGCUGGCAGCUGGGAAAUGGAUAGACUGGCAAGUUUCCGCACCUCCUGUGCCGGGAUCAGUUGAAGAUAUUGUCAUGCUGGAGGAGAUUCACUACGCUUACGAGAACGGCCUGCCUCUCGUGCGAGACCUCCGCAAGAACCCGGACUAUGUGGAAGCGGACGUGUAUGGGAAUUAUUCGGAGGAGGACAAGAUAGGGAGGCUGACGUCUGGACCCUUGAGCGGGAGCCGAGGGCUGGCGCUUCAGAAAGUCUUUUGGAACGAGAAGGAGAAGAAGGCGGUUAGCGUGGUCUUCCUUGGGCCGGGGCUGGAAGGAUGGCCAACAGUCGUUCAUGGCGGAGCUCUUGGCACUGUGAUAGAUGAGAGUCUAGGACGUGUCGCAAUUCGCCAUCUUCCUGCGCGCACGGGGGUUACUGCCAACCUCGAAAUCAACUAUCGGGCUCCGGUGUACUCGGGCAAUUUCUACUCGUUCCACGCGACCGUCGACCAGGAACGCAGCAAUGAUCGCAAGGCCUACGUGACUGGCGAAGUGCGUGACCCCGUUGGAAGGCUGUGCGCUCAAGCCUCCGCGCUUUUCGUGGUCCCCAAGAAUUACAAGCUGCAAGAGGUUGGCACGAAAUAUUGA